AUGAAAUUCAUCAGAAAGCUCAGCCCGAAACGCUUAUUCGGCUCCAAAAAAGACCGAUCCAUGCUAUCCAGAUCAGACCCAUCAUCGUUUAGCUCAGGUACAGCGUCCUCCUAUUCCGACGACACUUCAGUCCAUAAACCCGAUUCCGCUGCAACCAAAUCCGGUUUUCGGACUCCUACUAGUGUUUUGCCACAAAUAUCGGGCGACUGGUCCGAUAUCUCGGCCGAUCUUUAUUUCGAGUUGACUCAGGCUUUUAAGUUAAUUGACAGAGAUAACGACGGCGUUGUCUCAAGAAACGAGCUGGAGGCUCUUCUUGCACGGCUUGGAGCCGAGCCGCCGAGCAGCGAGGAGAUGACCGUUAUGUUAGGCGAGGUUGACCAUAUUAGCGUUGAGGCUCUUGCGAGCCGCCUUGGCUCGGCUUGCGAGCCGGCUGGGGACGGUGAGCUGAGAGACGCCUUCGUGUUCUUUGACUCGGAUCGGGACGGAAAGAUAACGGCAGAGGAAUUGUUAAACGUUUACAAGGCAUUUGGCGACGAAAAGUGCACGUUAGAGGAUUGCAGGCGUAUGAUAGCAGAGGUUGAUAAGGGUGGAGAUGGGUUCGUGUGCUUUGAGGACUUCUGUCGUAUGAUGGAGCUGCAGAGAUGA